CUACGCCAUUAUAUAUUCUUCCAAGAAUCGAUCGACAAUAAUUUGUCAAAUGGAAGUUGCUGACUGACUAUUUAUUUGCAGAUUUUGAUUCUCUCCCCAAAAUUCAUAUUCCCCAAAGAUCCUUCUUUUCUUCUCCGUGACUCCGGUUUUUAUCGUGAUACCGAAAAUCUGCUUUUCGAUAGAUCUGGGAGCCCUAUUUCAGCGAUUUGGUUACGCCAUGCGCUACAGAUAAUAUCCAGAACCAAUUUCGUGAACCUAAUUGGGAAUUUCUCUCGCCUAUGACUGCUGGUGUGGAGAGCCAUGCGAAUUUCCCAGCACAAGCUGCUGCUGCUGCAACAAUGGCGAAAGGGCAGCAGGUCCGGCCCGGGUGCUGCAACCCGGUCGGAAAUACGGGGCCUGUAUCAUUGGAUCACGUGCUAUCCGCCUUGAGGGAGACGAAGGAAGAGCGCGACGCGCGAAUCCGGAGCCUGUUCAGUUCCUUCGACACCAAUAAUUUAGGGUACUUGGAUUACGGACUCAUCGAGAAGGGGCUGUCGGCGAUGCAAAUUCCGGCGGAUUACAAGUUCGCGAAGGAGCUGUUGGAAGUGUGCGACGCGAACCAGGAUGGGCGGGUGGAUUAUCAGGAGUUCAGAAAGUAUAUGGAUGAUAAGGAGCUGGAAUUGUACAGGAUUUUUCAGGCCAUUGACGUUGAGCACAGUGGUUGCAUUUUGCCUGAGGAGCUCUGGGAUGCUCUUGUCAAGGCUGGUAUAGAAAUUUGUGAUGAUGAACUCGCUAGUUUUGUCGAACAUGUUGACAAAGAUAACAACGGAAUUAUAACUUUUGAGGAGUGGAGAGAUUUCCUGCUGCUGUAUCCACACGAAGCCACUUUAGAGAACAUAUAUAGGUACUGGGAAAGAGUAUAUCUUGUAGAUAUCGGCGAACAAGCUGUGAUUCCCGAAGGCAUCAGCAAGCAUGUCCACGCAACAAAGUACUUAAUCGCAGGCGGUGUUGCCGGGGCUGCUUCUCGUACUGCAACUGCGCCUCUCGAUCGCCUAAAGGUAAUUUUACAAGUCCAGACCACGAACACUUCCAUUGCUUCUGCUGUCAGAAACAUACGGACGGAAGGUGGACUUUUAGGAUUUUUCCGAGGCAAUGGAUUAAACGUGCUCAAGGUUGCACCCGAAAGCGCCAUCAAAUUUUACACUUACGAAAUGCUGAAAAAUGUCAUCGAAGAUGGUAACGGCAAUGUUGGAACUGGUGGUCGUUUAGUUUCCGGUGGAUUGGCCGGAGCCGUGGCGCAAACUGCUAUAUAUCCAAUGGAUCUCGUCAAGACUCGCCUGCAAACUACUGCUUGUGAAGGAGGGAACGUUCCGAACCUCGGUAAAUUGUCGAAGGACAUCUGGGUUCACGAAGGGCCCCGAGCUUUCUACCGUGGGCUAAUCCCGUCGCUUCUUGGUAUCAUACCUUACGCAGGCAUCGACUUGGCCGUCUACGAGACCUUAAAAGACAUGUCGCGGAAAUAUAUUCUUCCCGACAACGAUGAGCCGGGUCCAUUAGUGCAGCUGAGCUGUGGCACCAUCUCGGGAGCACUCGGAGCGACGUGUGUUUACCCGCUGCAGGUUGUAAGAACAAGAAUGCAAGCUCAAUACAGCAAGGCGUCGAGCGGAGCAGCUUACUCGAACAUGUCGGAUGUGUUCCAGAAAACUUACCGGCGCGAAGGCUGCCGGGGAUUCUACAAAGGGCUUCUCCCGAAUCUGCUUAAGGUGGUGCCGGCGGCGAGCAUUACUUACCUCGUCUAUGAAACCAUGAAGAAAAGCCUCCAUCUUGACUAAGCUGCUGUUGGAUGGAUGGUGAAUAAAAUUAACCAUUUUUUUGCUAACUAAUGAUGGGAUGGAUGAAUAUGAAUAUGAUGAUAUGUUUUUGUUUGGCUAAUUGAUGUUUGCAUUUUUUUGGCUACAAUUCCAAAAUAGUCUAUGGGUAUAUUAGUUGAUAAUUGCAAUUCGAUCUCUCAAUAUUUUGUGUAAUUGUAAAAAAAUUUCAGUAAAAUAUUUUGUACAUUUAUUAUAAAAUAAAAGAACCAUUAUGCAAUUUGCCUAAAA